AUGAUAAUAAAUAUUAGUGAUUUAUUCUUGAGUUUGAUUGGAGGAAUCAUGAUUGGAGUCGCAUGUAGUAUACAUUACAUCACAAAAGGAAGGAUAACUGGAAUUAGUGGUAUUUAUUAUGGUGUAAUUACAUUUAAUUGGGAUGAAUUUUAUUGGAAAUUAUCUAUUCUUACUUCAUUAGUGUUUUCAACUGGACUGAUGUAUUAGAUUUUUGGGUAUUAUAUAACAUUAUUUAUAGAGAUGAGAGCAUUAUGACAAGUUCAUCUUUGGCUUUUAAUGAAAUAUAUUAAAUUACUAGUCUAUCUUACACUAUUGCAGGAAUUAGUGGUUUAUUAAUAGGUUGUGGAGCUAAAUUGUGUAAUGGCUGCACAACAGGUCAUGGAUUUUGUGGUCUUGCAAGGAUAUCUAUACGUUCAUUUGUGGCUUUUGGUUUAUUUAUACUAUUUGGAGUGUUAAGUUGUUUUAUUACUAUGAGUGAGCACAAAGAAGAUGGGGAAGAGAAAUACAAUUAUAAUUAUGUUUCAAUUAUAAUGAUUGGAUUAAGUUUAGUAUUAUUGUCAGCAUCUCUAUUGGGUGCAUAUUUAAACAAAGAAUAAUUAAUUGAUACUAUAGUAGGGAUACCUGUUGGAUUAUUAUUAGGAGUUGGAGUAGUAUUUUCAGGGAUGAUUAAAAGAACAACUAUAUUGAGUUUUCUUUCUUUAUAAUAGUGGAAUCCAUAAUUUUUAUUUGUUAUUUUAGGUGCAAAUAUUGCAUGUUUUUUUGGAUUUAGACUAAUGAAGAAACCUAUUUUUGAUGUAGAAUUUUAAUAUCCUCCAACAAAUAAAGUUACUAAUGUUCUUUUGGUAGGAGCUUCUUUAUUUGGAUUUGGAUGGGGAAUGACUGGUAUUUGUCCUUUAGUUGGAUUAGCUUUGUUUCCUUAAUUUACAUGGUAAAUUGGAUUAAUGUAUUUGGGAUCAGUUUCUAUGGGUAUGAGAAUUGCACAAUGUUAUCUUAAUAAAUAUUAAAAAGUUGAAGAUUAAGUUCUAUAAUAUAAUAGUAAUAAUUUUAUCAUCAAAAAUGACAAUGAAUAAAAUGAUCGAUUUUGA